CUUCUCUUUCAACUCCCUCUUCUCAAAACCCUUCGAAAAACCCUAAAUUUCAUACAAAUUGGAUUACCAGUCUUCUUCUUCAUCAUCUCUUACUGAUCUGAACUGAGCAAAGUUUGGGAAUUUACCUAACAUUACAAAGUAAGGUUCACUUUCUUCAACUUUCUCGAUUUUUUGUGCAUUUCUUUUUCUGGGUUUUAUUGAUCCUUUGAUACUUAGCUGAACUAAGUUAAGAAACGAUUUGAUUGAACAUGGAUUUUACUAGGAGGAGAAGAUUAUUGAAGAAAGGAUCUUCCUUUUAUUGUAAUCAAUAAGAACAAAUCUAUAUUUGAAUGUAGAAACUACAGAACGUUUGGGUGUUAUAUUUGAACACUCUUUAAGGGUUUGAUAAAAUGCCCCAAUGGAAAAGUAUCCACUGACAUUUUGAUGUAUUUGGGUACUUCGUUGCUGAAGUUAAAGAUAAUAUGAAGAAGAAAUUUGUAUGCUUUAUUGGUUCUAACCAUGAGUUCAAUGGUUCUAUUUGGUCGAAGAAUCAGUUUAAGAUUUUCAGAUUAUCGGUGUAUUUCGCGGUUCAUUUGCGAUGAUAGCAGCUUUAGAAACAAUGGUUAUAAGGAUGGUGUUUUUAGAGAUGAGGAGUUUAAUAAGAAAAAUUCAGUAUUUGGUUUUGAUUCGGAUGGAAACGAUAUUGUAGAAGAGAUCUUAUUAGGGGUUCCGCCGUCAAGUAACGAGGAUGAAGAAACUGAUGGAGAGUAUUUCUUGUCUAAGCGGAGGUUAUUACCUGAUUAUGUAUCGGAUACUGAUAGAGUGUUCAAGAUUCUUCAACAAGAUGGGAUAGGUUUUAAUACCAUUCUGGAACUUAAUAAUUUAGGGUUGAAUGUCUCGAACAAUCUAGUUAGAGAAGUACUUUUAAGGAUUUUAAAGAGUGUCAAUCAUACUAAUAAGUUAAGGUGUGCUCGGCUGGCAUACAAGUUUUUCAGGUGGUCAGCUCAGCAGGAAAAUUACAGGCACACUACGAAUGCGUACCAUUUGGCUAUGAAGAUAUUUGCAGAUUGUCAGGUACUUAAUGUCAUGAAGAAAGUAUACUAUGAGAUGACAGAGAAUAAUUAUCAAAUAACAGCAAGAACGUUUAAUAUAUUAAUAAGUGCUUGUGGUGAGGUGCGUAGUGCAAGGAGCACGAUAGAGAGUUUUAUCAAGUCAGAAAAUUUUCACCAUAGGCCAUUCAAACAUUCAUUUAAUGCCAUUUUACAUUCGCUUCUUGUGAUGAACCAAUACCAACUGAUAGAGUGGGUUUACAAGGAAAAGCGAAACGGAUUCCCACCUGAUAUUUUAACUUAUAAUAUACUUUUGUGUACAAAGUAUAGGUUGGAAAAUUUUGAUCAGUUUUAUGCGUUGCUUGAAGAGAUGGGUAGAAAUGGGUUUGUUCCAGAUCUUCAUACGUACAAUAUCCUUCUCCAUGUGUGUGCAAAAGCUAAUAAACCGGUUAGUGUGCUUCAGCAGUUGAAUGACAUGAGAAAUGCAGGUUGUGAUCCAAGUGUUCUUCACUUUACCUCAAUAAUAGAUGGCUUUGGUCGGGCUGGAAAUCUGUUUGCGUGCGAGCAUUUUCUCGAAGAGAUGGUAAAGACAGGUUGUUUGCCUGAUGUAGUAUGCUAUACUGUCCUGAUUAGAGUAUACAUUGAGGCAGGAGAUCUCGAGAAGGCCCAGGAUAAGUUUGAUGAGAUGUUUGUUAAGGGACAGCUACCCAAUGUAUUUACGUAUAGUACUAUGAUUCGCGGGCUUUGUAUCGCAGAGAAGUUUGACAAGGCACAUACCAUGCUUCAGGAAAUGGAAUCCAGAGGUUGCAAUCCAAAUUUUGUAGUGUAUAGUACUCUAGUGUAUCAUAUGAGAAAAGCUGGAAGGUUGACUGAAGCUGAUGAAAUAAUAAGACAGAUGGUGGAGAAGGGGCGCUAUACCCAUCACCUCUCAGAGUUCAAGAUGUAUAAGUAUAGGCGUUGAAGCUUUAUGUCGUGCAUUAGCUGCAAGAUAAGUCUUUGGAGUGGAACCCAUCUAGUAGAGGCUCUGCGAUCGAGUUUCCAAUAGGUAACUGAGUGAGCAUUCAUAUCUGCUUCCUCUCUUGGAUUAGUUAGAAACCAAGUCUCCCAGAGAAGCUCGCAGCAACAAAUGGUGAAUCUGGACCAUAUUGAAAAAGAAGAGAAAACCCCUCUCAAUGCCAGUUGCAAUUGUUGGGAAGCAUGUGUCUCAUUCUGACAGUUUGAUCAUAAAGCUAUAUCAAUUGUGGAUUGCACAUCAUUGAAGGCUUGGAUUCGUAGCCAGCUUCAGCACUACUCUUACAGAAAGAUCAAAUUCAGUAUGGUUUGUCUUUCCAACAUCUCGGAGCCUUUGGAUAUAAAUUCUUCUUCUUCCACAUCUUGGGUUUGUCUGGUCAUUCUGAAUACUUGGCAUGCUUGUUCCUUGAACCAGGUCCCAUAACCUCCAGGGGAUUCAAAACUCUUCUGCGGGUAGUUUUCAGUUCUGACAUCUCGAGUGUACCACUCACCCCAUUACUAUCUCUAGGAAGUCUUGUGAGUUCAUAUUUACUAUCUGUAUAGCAGCCUUUCUUCAUUCUUGGUACAAUGGAAUUUUUCGAUAGUGUUAGAGAAACAGGAAUCCAGAAUACAAUGUGAGAUUUAAAUUUUACAUUUUUGGAACUGUAAGGUUUGUGACAUUGUAACAAUAAAAACUAGAAAAAAAUAA